AUGUCCGAGGACACAGUGCCCGCCCGCCGAGCCAGCGUGUCAACCAUGCGCCACGACGACUCGGAACUGGCGCACAAGUUCGGGUACAACCCGGUGUUCAAGCGCGAGUUUGGCUUCCUGGCGACCUUUUCGUUUGCCGUCAGUAUCAGCGGCCUCUUCUCCACCGUCAUGACCACCCUGUCGUACCCGCUCAUGGCGGGGGGGGCGUCUGCCGUGGUCUGGUGUUGGCUCAUCUCGGGGCUGGGGUGCAUGUGCAUUGCCUGCUCCGUUGCUGAACUGGUGUCUGCGUAUCCCACCUCUGGCGGUCUCUACUUUACCAUUUCGCGUCUGGCGCCGCCUCGCUGGGUUCCGUCCAUCAGCUGGAUCACCGGCUGGUUGAACCUGCUCGGCCAGGUGGCAGGCAUCGCCUCGUCGGAAUACGGCGCCGCGGCGAUGCUGCUGGCGGCGGUGUCGAUGAGCCGCGACUUUGACUACGAGAUCACGACGGACCGCACGAUCUGGGUGAUGGCGCUGCUGACGGUGUCGACGGGGGUGGUGAACUCGCUGUCGACGUACUGGAUGGAGAAGAUGACCAAGACGUACGUGAUCUUCCAUGUGUGCGUGCUGGUGUCGUGCUGCAUCGCCCUGCUGGCCCUCACCAAGGACAAACACUCGGCCAGCUACGUGUUUGGCCACACGGAGAGCGUCAGCGGCUGGCAGCCCAUCGGCUUCUCCUGGCUGUUUGGCUUCCUGUCCGUCAGCUGGACCAUGACCGACUACGACGCCACGGCGCACAUCACCGAGGAGAUCAGCGAGCCCGAGCGCAAGGCCCCCUGGGCCAUCUCGACCGCCAUGCUGUUCACCUACCUGGCCGGCUUUCUGUAUAACAUCGUCCUGGUCUUCUGCAUGGGCGACCCGGCCGCCAUCCUGGCCUCGCCCAUCGAACAGCCCGUCGCGCAGAUCUUCUACAACAACCUCGGCAAGGGCGGCGGCAUCUUCUUCACCGUCGCCGGCCUCAUCAUCAUCAAGUUCGUCACCUUCACCGCCAUGCAGGCCCUGGGCAGGACCGUCUUUGCCUUUUCGCGCGACCGCAUGCUGCCCUUCCCCAAGCUGUGGACCAAGAUCGACUCCCGCACCGGCACCCCCCUGUACGCCGUCUGGAUCUCCGUCUUCUUCUGCAUCGCCAUCAACCUGAUCGGACUGGGCUCCUACGCCGCCAUCUCGGGCGUCUUCAACGUCUGCGCCAUCGCCCUCGACUGGAGCUACUGCAUCCCCAUCCUCUGCAAGCUGCUCUUCGGCCGCUUCGAGCCCGGGCCCUGGCAUAUGGGCGUCUUCAGUUCCUUUGUCAACACCUGGGCCUGUCUCUGGACCCUGUUCGUCAGCAUCAUCUUCAUCCUCCCGACUGAGAUGCCAGUCACCGCCAGCAGCAUGAACUAUGCCUGUGUCUUCCUGGUGGCGGUGUUUGUCUUUGCCGCCAUCUACUGGUACAUCCAUGGCCGCCACUCGUACUCGGGGCCCGUCACUGAAGCCAUUUCCGAUACAACAUCCGAUUCGGGCGUCAUCCCAGAAAAGGACGGCAAAGAGGAUAGCCUGGCUUAG